GGAUCGUAGCUUGGCAUCAUAAAAUCAGGAACGUUUUGAGUUUUGAGCCUUGCUUGAGUUAUAUGGUGAAAAUUUUGAAAAAAAUGUGUGAAAAGAGUGCUUAAUUUAGUAUAUUCAUAUUUUAAAUGUUAUUUAAUUCUUAUUCAGUCUGUUAGAAAGUAAAUGUUACUUGAACUCAGUUUUAUAUAUGAUAUCAAUUCAAAGUUCAACGAGUGAAUCAUGGCUGCCUUGAAUCCUUUGGCCUAACGUAUGUUUUAGUGAUGUGCGAUUUAUAUUAUACUUGUUAAAAAUGUCAACUUAAUAAUUUUGAUAUUGAAAAAUAAUUAAAAAUGGAGAUUGAUUCAUCCAAUAACAAUACAAACAAUAUUGAAAGUCUAUUUUGUUUUGUUGAUGGUUGUUUUACAACUUCAAUGCGGAACAAAAUCUAGGCUUCCAUAAGUUUCCUCCCAAUAGAGAAAAACAAAUUUUAAGAAAAUAUAAAAAUGGUACUAAAAAAUUAGUGAAUACCAGGCAAUUAUGGAUUGAAGCAUUAAAUAUUGAAAAAGAAGGAACUACCGUUAUUGGGAAGAUGAGAGUUUGUUCUCUACACUUUUCAAAAAAUGAUUUUAUUCUCAAUGGAAAGGAUGUGAAGAAACCUUUUGCAAACCUGAAAAAAACUGCUAUUCCUAGACGCAAUCUACCCCUGAGGAAAAAUUCAAAACUGAGCACAAGGUUACAAGUAAGAGGAUUCAACAGACUGAAAUGGCGCGGACGUUUAGCUUUUCAAGACUUGGACGCGCGUGUUCCGAUGUCAAGAAAUCCGCCGAUCAAGAGCAGAAAAGUAGUUCAGAAAUUCGAAGGAGGGGUGCAACAAAAUGUGAAGAAACCAACAGAAGUAGUAGAAGAAAGCAAAGAAAACGAGGAAGAAGAAGAAUGCAUGGAAGUCGUUGGAUUUUCUUUGGCCAGCCUGGAAGACGGAACCGAAAAGUUAAUUGGAUUGGAUGGUGACCCUGAAAACACUGAAAAGGAUCAAGUAACAUCAGAGUUUAUUAUCAAAGAGGAGCCUUUGUCAGAUAACGAACAGGAAAUAGAUGAAUGGACCGAAGAAAAUAUCAUCGCAGAAGUAGAAAGGAGUGAGACAGAGAAUCAGGGGAAUGAUUGGACCACAAAUCCACCGCCAACUGGAGACAACAGCCAACAACAAGUGAUCACCACACAGUCGGUGCUACACGAUCUAGAGAGCAGUGGUGACGAGCAGGAGAUCAACAAGAAAAAGAAGAAGAAGAGCGAUGAGGGGGCAAGAGAGGAAGAGGAAGAGAUUAACAAGAAGCAGAAGAGUAACGAUGAGGAGACGGAGGAGACAAGAGAGAAAGCGGAGGACGAGGAGGAGGAAGAUGAGAUUCGUGACCGACCCUGUAAGUGGUGCGGCAAACGCGACUGUCGCGGCCACAACGGCGAGCCGCAACGACCGGCCGCGUUCGUGUGCGUCGUCUGCAACGAACUGUUUCAGACGCCUGCGCAGUUGGAUGCCCACUCAGAGCGUCACGACGAGGAGAUGAACGGCUACGGGAACAGCUGGCAUGAUGACUUCGCCUACAGGUCAGUUUUCUUGUUCCCUAUAAGCGCUCAAAGAAGGUCAGUUGACCGAACGUAGUGAGGUCUAUGUUUC